AUGGAUAGGUUUGCUUACAUGACUGAUAAGUGUAACAAAUGGAAGUCCAAUCUGUGCCCAAAUGUGUUGAAAAAAAUGAACCUUUUUGGGAAGUAUAUGAGGUUUUGGAUGGUUAUUCAUUGCCAAGCUUUAGUGUUUGAAUCUAGGUUCAAUUAUGAAAAUUUCAAGGUAGACUUGGAGGCCAGGACUUGUACAUGCAAGCUUUGGGAUAUUUCUGAAAUCCCUUGUGUUCAUGCAAAUGUUGUCAUUAACUAUAUCCAUAAGACAAUUUAUGGAUAUGUUAACGAGUGCUUAUCAAAAGACAGGUUUAUUGAAUGUUACCAAACUAACAUAAUUCAUGUUAAUGGGAGCAAUUUGAGGGAACAAACUACAUUCCAAAAGCCUUUGCCACCAACAGCUAGGAGAAUGUCAGGAAGGCCUGCCACCAAAAGGAUAAGGCAUUCAAGUGAAAAAGAGACCAAGUUUGCUACUGCAAGAUUUCAUGUAUCCAAAAUUGUGAGGUGUGGUAAUUGCUCUGAAUUUAGAUAUAACAAACAAAGUUGCACAAAUGAAGCAACACCAAGAUUUCCACAUGCACCCAAAAAAUUGGGUAGGCCAAGAAAAAAUCAAGAGGAACAUGAAAGUACCACAAUUGAAAGUCUAAUGAAUCAAAAUAUGGAUCCCAAUCAAGCAUCUGAUUAUAGGAGAAAUACUAGAAGGAGGAGUACAAAAACUAGUAAUGAUCCAAAUCAGCCAACUGCAAAAAGGAGAAAAAUAAAUGCUAGAAGGGGUGGAGGUAGAGCUGGAGGUAAGGGAAAAAAACUUGUGGAUGAAGGACAAGUUCAGAUUGAGGGAUGA